AUGGACUUCUGGGCUCGGCUUUUCGGCACCACCUAUACACCAACAAAACCGGUAGCUCGACCAGCAGUCCACGACCCGCAGGCGAGACUCCUCCGCUUCAAGCGGGUCUACAACACCUUUGUCGAACAAUGCAAUCGCCCGCGAAACCCCUCCGCCGAGGGCCCGCUGUUCGACAGUCUGAGUGCGAGUCUGGAUAAGCUAGCAGCACUUCUCCGCGAGGAAUCGCGAGCUCCGGUUCCGCAUACCUGUCUGCAAUUCGCCGCGGGGACCCAGAUCUACACAAGAGUGGCACGAGURGCGACCGUGAGCCAAUAUGAGCGGGUGAUACGAUCCAGCGUCGCCGUCUUCGCCGCUCUCGUGGACAGUGAGGAGGUCGAUUUUCUCGCAAGCGGCCAUUUCGCCAAGAGCUUGAUGAGCCUGGUGCGCAAGGUGGCGGACGGUGGCAAUCUUUUGAUUGACAAUGAGACGGAGACUGCUAUCCUGGAGCUGCUCUUCACAAUCGCGGCCAAAAUACGCCUGCAGCCGGAAAUUCUGCCCGUCUGGUUCCAAUCCACCACAAAGCGAGAAGUGCAGCAGGUCUUCCUCAAUGAGAAGAAGAGCUUUGUGGGCACCACCCAAAAGGAUGACUUCCCACUGUGCUACCUGCUCAUCGAUCGGGUGCAUCAUGAGGGCCGCAUCGGUGACUUUGCGCGGACGGGCUUGCUGUAUGUCUUUGAAGCCACCGGGCGUUCGUUGGACCUUGAAACGUGGGUCGUAUCGAGCGAUCUGCCCACGCUCAUGGCUUCCGGGCUUGGAGCGUUGUACAGCCAGCUGAGUCGUGAGCUGAGCAUAUUGCAUCCAGAUGCAUCUCUGCCCGCAGUUCUGGCUAUGAGCGACUACACCACCACGCAUGCACGUGCUACCGCCGAGUCUGCAUUCUCGGAAAGACACAAAGCACACAUGUCAACUUUUCUAUCCUAUCUCGCCUUCUGGCAAGACGUAUUGGAUCAUUGUAGAAGUGCAGAUGUCAAGCAGACUUUGCUCGACCAUUUCCAGAUACUGUUCCUUCAACAGCUGCUCUAUCCGUCACUACUGCAAUCCAGUGAUAUGGACGCGGGAAGCUCCGUUGCCGUUUUAACGUACAUGACGGCCAUGCUGGAAGCUCUGGAGUACCCAGAUCUAAUUCACAUGAUGUUGACGUAUCUGUUGGCAAUACAAGAUCAGAGGCUUGACGAUUCAGUCAUGCCACAGACGUCAAAAGACCCGGAUAGCUCCCCGCCAUCUCCAAUCGCCGCCAAGCGCCGACAAAGUCUGAUGUUACUGAACGCUCCAAAGGAUGUGGAAGAUGCCGUGGAGCCAACAUUGUUCAAUCUUGUUGACCUGAUCAUCAACGAUGUCAACUCGCGCAACUCACAGACUGUCUUUGCCGCGCUGAAGCUCACAUCGGCGAUUGUAACACGUCAACGAAUGUAUGCGUUUGGGACAUUAUUGAAGGUGCAAGAAGUCAAACCAAACCGUCCAGACCGAACUGUGGGUGCGCUCGACUGUGAGCUUGAGCGAUAUCUGCAGCUUGCCGUAUCUUUACACCCUCAAUACGGUCUGGACGUGACUUACGGCUCUCUAUGUCACGAUCUGCGCAUGUCUAUCGAGGCACAGGUCUUCCGCAAGUCGGCGUCAAAUGGCCAGGAUGACAUCAACGUGGGCGGUUAUAUCCUGGGUGAUAAUGACGCCUUGUUACGGACUCUCAGGACCGUGCUGCGUUCGUUCCUCACGAACAGCAUUGACGUUAAUCUCGCCCUCACGCAGGCAAUCGUCUCCAUCGCGCAAUGCGUAGAGGUUCGUCUUGAGGAUUGGCUGGCUGUUUCUCCUCGCGCAUACAACUUUCCCGAAGAGGCUWCUCAGCCGUCCAAAUCGUGGCAGUCACAGUUGGAUGAUGACGAGAGAGUUGAAUGGGCGGCUCUGCAGACAGCACUACGCUUCCCAACCUGGACCGACUCUACCACGCCAAUGUUAUACACUGAGCUCCAAGCCCUGGUAAACGAGGUCGAGGCCGUUCGGAUCAAAGUUCCUAACCUCAACCAGCUCAUCGCUGGGAGGAAAAAUAUGCUCCAGGCUGCGAAUCUUGAAGAUGAAUAUGCAAGCGGUCCGCCCUCUGUGAUGCAAAGCCCAUCAAGGCAACCCGCCGCCUUCCUUGACGUACCCGGCGCUCUGAAGAAAGCUGGGCAUACCAGCGGMUCCAGUACGCCUUCGUCGAUGCCAAUGAGAGGUCGGGGUGGAGCUCAAAAGGCAGCCAGUGAUUCUUCACCCCACUCUGCACCAGGAAGCUCAAAGGUUGCCUCGCGCGCAAACUCGCGUGCAGCUUCGCGAUCCCGUGAAGAAGUCAAUGGCCCGCCAUCAAUAUUCAAGCCUCCCCCACCCGAAACACCCUCUACCACGGACAUGCUCAUGCAGGUCAUGACGUUUCCCGCAAUCGUCAGAGCUACAGAUGAUCACGUGAGCGACGGCGGCGACGGUGAGAGGAGCGCCAGUCUCAAUCAUGUUUUGACGAAUGUGGUGGUAUUGCAAGAAUUCGUGCUAGAGCUUGUGGCUGUUCUACAAGUCAGAGCAGCGGUUCUGGGCGACCGUGAAAUAAGAUCUGUGUGA